AUGGGCUAUGUAGAGGAAAAGGCUACAAAUGAGUACAAUACUACAGAAGAUUGGAGUCUUAUUAUGGACAUAUGUGACAAAGUUGGAAGCACUCCUAAUGGAGCAAAAGAUUGCCUAAAAGCCAUAAUGAAAAGGGUAAAUCAUAAAGUUCCUCAUGUUGCUCUGCAGGCAUUAACUCUUCUUGGGGCUUGUGUGGCAAACUGUGGAAAGAUAUUUCAUUUAGAAGUUUGUUCCCGUGAUUUUGCAACAGAAGUACGUGCUGUGAUAAAAAAUAAGGCUCAUCCUAAAGUAUGUGAAAAACUGAAAUCUUUAAUGGUAGAAUGGUCAGAAGAAUUUCAGAAGGACCCUCAGUUUAGUCUGAUAUCUGCAACUAUUAAAUCUAUGAAAGAAGAAGGAGUUACUUUUCCUCCAUCAGGUUCUCAGACGGUCUCAGCUGCUGCCAAGAACGGCACGUCAUCGAACAAAAACAAAGAAGAUGAAGAUAUAGCUAAAGCUAUUGAAUUAUCAUUGCAAGAGCAGAAGCAGCAGCACACAGAAACAAAAUCCUUAUAUCCAUCUGCAGAAAUUCAGUCAAAUAAUAAAGUUGCAAGGAAAGUGAGAGCUUUAUAUGAUUUUGAAGCCGUUGAGGACAAUGAACUCACCUUUAAACAUGGUGAAAUUAUUAUUGUUUUGGAUGACAGUGAUGCUAAUUGGUGGAAAGGAGAAAAUCACAGAGGAAUAGGACUCUUCCCAUCUAAUUUUGUAACAUGUAAUUUAAACAUAGAAUCAGAGGCAGCAGCUGUGGACAAAUUGAAUAUAAUUGAUGAUGAGGAGGAGGAAAUUAAGAAAUCAGAGCCUGAGCCUGUUUAUAUAGAUGAGGAUAAGAUGGAUAGAGCCCUGCAGGUCCUGCAGAGUAUAGAUCCAACAGAUUCAAAACCAGACUCCCAAGACCUCCUGGACUUAGAAGAUAUCUGCCAACAGAUGGGUCCAAUGAUAGAUGAAAAACUUGAAGAGAUUGAUAGGAAGCAUUCAGAACUGUCUGAAUUGAAUGUAAAAGUCUUAGAAGCUCUGGAACUUUAUAAUAAGUUGAUGAAUGAAGCGCCAGUAUAUUCAGUCUAUUCAAAGAUUCACCAUCCAGCACAUUACCCAACUUCAUCAGCUGGAGUUCCAAUUCAGACAUACCCAGUUCAACCACAUGGUGGAAACUAUAUGGGUCAAAGUAUUCACCAAGUCACUGUUGCCCAAAGCUACAGCCUAGGACCAGAUCAGAUUGGUCCACUGAGGUCUCUGCCUCCAACUGUGAAUUCCUCAGUGACAACACAGCCUGCUCAAACUCCGUACUUAAGCACUGGACAAGACACUGUUUCCAAUCCUAUUUACAUGAACCAGAACUCUAACCUUCAAUCAGCUCCUGGUGCAGCUGUUUACACACAACAGAUGGGGAUGUCUGUGGAUAUGUCAUCUUACCAGAACACUACUUCCAACUUGCCGCAGUUGGCAGGCUUUCCGGUGGCAGUUCCAGCUCAUUCAGUUGCACAGCAGCAAACAAAUUACCAUCAACAGCAGCCUCUCCUUUAAAAUCAAACCAAGCAUUUUCUUGAAAGCCUUCAUAAGUGUACUGCUCAACCCUUGUGAUUAUAAUCUGAAAAUACUAACAGAAGGAAAAAAAAUUUUUCUCAACUGAAAAG